UUACCUCAACAUUUGAAAUGUGUGUCGAGGCUUCCAUUAGAAUUGUGGACGAAAUAUGUUGAUAGGAUGCUAACGCCGUUAAAUAGCCAUAAACUGUCCACAUUGGCAUCCGAUCUUGUAUAUUGAGAUGCUGUCGUGUAAGCAGACAUAUUAGACGGUUUAGAUCGUCUGAGUCACACACACACACUCUCUCUCCUCAUCAUCCAAUAUGCAGGGUAAGCGAGCCACAUUAAGCUAUUAGACUUAACUUUUGUUUGGGUAAAUGAGUCAUGCCAGCAAAAUCACAUGAUACAGAAAUUGAUUUAAUGGAUGCCUUAAAGUGAGCCAAAUUUGAAAAAUUGAGGUACUUGAUUGAACAAACAAAAAGUGUAGGUUCUCGAUUGUAAAAUGAACAAAAGCUUAGGUAGUUACGAUAUCAUCAUCCCUAACUCCUAAACCGCUCUAAGUAAAACAUCUCAAGAAAAAUAUUGUCUACGAAGGUGACUAUAAGGUGGUGCCAUUGGAAAUGUCACCCUAGCAGCGGUGCUGACGGCAACGGUGUGGUAAUGGCCAUGGGACGGUGGUGCUCUCGCAGGUUUCAUUCCUGCAUUUUUUUUUCUUUGUUUCUUUUUUUGCUGUUUCUUCUUUUUUGUUUCUCUCUUUGCGUUUUCUUCUUUUAUUGAACUUAAAUUUGAAAAGAUAUAUGAAAAUCUAGACAUAAUUAUAAUAGACAAGAACAGAGAUUAAUGACUUAAGAAUCACAAUAUGAAUGAACAUGAAAAGAGUUGGACGAGAGUUAUACGAUCAUUAGUUUUAAGCAAGACACACGUGGAAGUUCUACUGGUAAAGGAAAAAGAGACAUUCCCAUGGGGAUGAAAGAGGAGGGAUGUGAAAAGUGAAGCAACAAACUGCAAUUUGCGUCCUGCAAAGUCUUGCUCUUCCUGGAAUCUAUUGAAGUUUCUUUCCCAUUAGCUCUUUUUCACUUUUUCUUCACUUUCCGGACAAAAAGGCAAAUGAUAUACAGUAAAGUCUCUAGGGAUAUUCUCCAAAUAUUAAGAAACAAGCACUUGUGGACAAAACGUAUAUUUAUUUUGAUUUCUCUAACCUCUGAUUUUUGUUUGAUCUUUUUGGUAGGUGAAAGUCUUGGUCUUCCUGGACUUUAUAGUUUUUUCUCUCUCUCCGUUAGCUCAUCAUCACUUUGCUUCCCCGUAACCCUUGUUGUUCUCUACAGUGACUAAUUCACCCAUGGCCAUUGGAGAGAUCUUUUUGGGUUCCUUCUUUCAGGUCUUGUUCGACAAGUUGACUUCUCUGACAUUGGACUAUGCGCAGCGAGAAGGAAUCAGCAAAGCCCUUGAUGAGUGGAAGGUGAUGCUGGAAACAAUCAAUGCCGUGCUGGAUGGUGCAGAGGACAAGCAACUGAGGGGUGACCGUCUAGUGAAGCAGUGGCUGGACGAUGUUAGGGACUUGGCCUAUGACAUGGAAGACUUGCUCGAUGAGUUUGAUAUCGAAGCCACUCAGGCCAAGUUGAACGCAGAAUCCAGCACAAGCAGAGGUCAGUUGAAAAGGAAGUUCUCUUUCUUUAACCAAUCGAGCUCGCACGUGUCUGAAACCAAGGUACAAGAGAUUAAUGGCAGGUUGGAAAAGAUUCUCAACAGGAAGGCUCAUCUAAGCUUGAGAGAGAAUGUCGUGGAUAGAUCCAACGACACCAACAAAAGGCUCCCCAGCACUUCUUUACCGGAGCUUCAGUUUUUCGGUAGGGAGGAAGAAGAAGCACAGGUACUCGAACUAUUGAUAAGUGACGUCCAAAAUUCCGAUGCUACUCUAAGCAUAGUUCCCAUAGUUGGAAUGGGUGGUGUUGGAAAGACAGCCUUGGCUCAACGGCUGUAUAAUGAUCCUAGAGUGAACAACUGUUUCGAGAGGAGAGCAUGGGUCUGUGUUUCGGAUGUUUUUGAUGUUCUCGACAUAACGAAGACUAUUUUGCAGUCGAUCAGCAAAUGGCCCUGCAAGGACAAAGAUCUUAACUGGCUUCAAGUUAAGUUGAAAAAUGAAUUGUCUGGGAAGAAGUUUCUUAUGGUUUUAGACGAUGUCUGGAAUGAGAAGUAUGGAGAAUGGACAUCCCUCUUAAAGCCAUUUGAAGCAGGGGCUAAGGGAAGCAAGAUCAUCAUCACGACGCGCAACCGUCCUGUUGCUUCCAUAACAGGAGCUUCGCCAUAUCCUUUGAAGGAGUUGUCCAUUAAUAGCUGUACUAGCUUAUUAGCCUAUCAUGCUCUGGGAGCAAGAAAUUUUGAGAGGCACCCGGAAUUUGAAACAAUUGGCAAGAAAAUAGCUGAAAGAUGUAGAGGUUUACCUUUGGCAGCGAAGAUGUUGGGCGGUGCCCUACGUAAUAAAAGGAAUCCUUAUGAAUGGGAAGAUACCUUAAAUAACAGAAUAUGGGAUCUUCCGACGGCACAAAAGGAUGAGGUUCUCCCCGUUUUAAAAUUGAGCUAUGUACAUCUUCCUUCCUAUUUGAAGAGAUGUUUUGCUUAUUGUGCAGUAUUUCCCAAAGAUUAUGAAAUCGAGAGGGAUGAGCUGGUACUCAUAUGGAUAGCGGAGGGCUUUAUAGAUGGACGAAACGCAAAGGACAAUAUCUUGAGAUCUAGACGGAAUCACUUUGAUGAGUUAGUAUCCAGAUCAUUUCUUUAACAAUCAAGUGUUAACGCAUCUAAGUUUUCAAUGCAUGAUCUUUUGAAUGAUCUAGCAAAGUCAAUUGCUGGUGAGACUUGCUUUAGCUCAGGGGAGCCUCAGCAGGCAAGCAAUGAACAUGAUGCAUCAUCUCUU